UUCAUUACUGGACAAAGAAGCAAUUUUGGUCAUUUUGUUACAGGGGUGAACAGCCUUUCACAGUCACUGAGUGCCAACCAGCUGUUAGCUACCACUCUCACCCACCUUGAUCUCUCAGGAAAUAUUCUUCGAGGUGACGAUCUUUCAUCCCUGUGUAAUUUUUUGGCUCAGCCAAAUGCCAUAAUUCAUCUGGAUUUAUCAAAUACAGAGUGUGCAUUAGACAUGAUGUUUGGAGCACUUCUUCAUGGCUGCCUUCAGCAUCUUGCCAUCCUAAAUCUGUCAAGGACAGUUUUUUCACACAGAAAGAGCAAGGAAAUUCCGCCAUCCUUCAAGCAAUUUUUCAGCAGUUCACUUGCUUUAAUGCAAAUCAACUUUUCAGGAACUAAACUUGCACCUGAGCCUCUAAAAGCUCUCCUACUUGGUCUUGCUUGUAAUCAAAAUUUGAAGGAGGUGUUUCUAGAUCUGAGUAACUGUGAGCUAAGAUCAGCUGGUGCACAGGUUUUAGAAGGAUGCAUAGCAGAAAUUCAUAACAUUGCCAGCCUUGAUAUUUCAGACAAUGGCCUUGAGUCUGAUCUUUCAACACUUAUAAUCUGGCUUAGUAAAAAUCGAUCAAUAAGACACUUGGCAUUGGGCAAAAAUUUUAACAACAUGAAAUCCAAAAAUCUGUCUCCUGUACUUGAUAAUUUAGUACAGAUGAUUCAAGAUGAAGAUUCACCUUUGCAGUCUCUCUCCCUAGCAGAUUCUAAACUGAAAACAGAGAUUACUAUCAUUAUCAAUGCAUUGGGCAGCAAUACAUCUCUUACAAAAAUUGAUAUUAGUGGAAAUGCUAUGGGUGACAUGAGUGCAAAGAUGCUUGCAAAGGCUCUUCAGAUAAACACCAAACUCAGAACCGUUAUAUGGGACAAAAACAACAUCACUGCUCAGGGAUUCCAGGAUAUAGCCGUGGCACUGGAAAAGAAUUAUACCUUAAGAUUCAUGCCUAUACCAGUGAAUGAUGCUUCGCAAGCACUGAAAACAAACCCUGAGAAAACAGAAGAGGCACUUCAAAAGAUAGAAAAUUAUUUGCUUCGAAAUCAUGAGACCCGAAAAUAUCUACAAGAGCAAGCAUACAGACUGCAGCAGGGCAUAGUUACUAGCACAACACAGCAGAUGAUAGACAGAAUAUGUGUAAAAGUACAAGAUCAUCUCAACUCUUUAAGAAACUGUGGAAUUGAAACAAUACAAGAGGAUCUGAAAUCAGCUGAAAGACUUAUGAAGGAUGCUAAGAAUUCCAAAACAUUAUUACCAAACCUGUAUCAUCUUGGUGGAGCUUCAUGGGCAGGAGCAAGUGGUUCAUUAUCCAAUCCGAUUCAGGAGAUCCUAGAAUCUAUGGCUGGGGAAGUUACAAGAGUUGUUGAUGACCAGCUCAAGACACUGCUUGAGUCAAUGGUAGAUGCAGCUGAAAACCUCUGUCCAAGUGCAAUGAAGAAAGCACAUAUAAGGCAGGACUUGAUUGAGGCAUGUACUGAAAAAAUUUCCAUUCCUCGGACUUUUGUUAAAAAUGUUCUUUUGGAGCAGUCUGGAGUUGAUAUCCUUAAUAAAAUUAGUGAAGUAAAGCUGACAGUUGCUUCGUUUCUCUCAGAUCGAAUAGUAGAUGAAAUCCUUGAUGCUCUGUCUCAUUGUCAUCAUAAACUGGCUGAUCAUUUGACCAGGCGAGGUAAAUCCUUGCCUCACCAAGAAUCAUUGGACAUUGAGUUAGCCGAGGAUAAAUCUACUAAACGAUCUGUCAUUACAGUUGAGGAGCUAACUGAACUGGAACGUUUUGAAGACCUAGAUACAUGUAUG